CGCCGUCCGCCGUCGUCCCGGCGCCACAGUCUUUCUCUCCGUAUGUACGGAGCCGGCUGAAGCUGAUCGUUCAGCACGUACCUUCUUCCCUUUCAUUUUUAACGUGUACGUCUACUCUAUUUCUACACACUUCUUUUACGAUGGUACUUCCAGACACGAAUCUGACAAAUCUUCUUCGUGAGCAGCAACAUCAGCAGCAACGGCAGCAAGAACAACAACGGUGUCAGCAUAAAUGUUAUUACGAAGGUAAUAGACAAUUUCCAUUAGAACGGGAGAACCGACAAUGCAAAUCCACGGAAAAUGAGAAUUCAGAAGAGAUAUCGAUAACGAACGUUACGGAUGGAGAGAGCUUAUGUUAUAGUUUAGCUCUGAUACGAGGUCGCACGUCGAUGGCGUAUAGCUUCAUCACCGUACGAAAUGAAAAUAAUCAAAGUUCCGAGUGGCCAAUCGUAUCUGGUGAAUUUCGUGUAAUAGUAGAAUUGACACGAGGUCCGAACAGGUUGGAAUUAGAAGUGGCGGGCCAAAAAAAGGGACUAGUUCUAAUUCACGAGCCGAGAACGACGAGACUGCGUGUAACUCCUGUCUACGUGGUUUGUUUUGGACACGAUGGAUAUUUCCAAGGUCCACAAGGAGAAGACCAGUCGCCGGAAAGUGCGACGAUAAGGAUAGGUCUCGGUGCCCGACUUUUACAAACUCUCACCGCCGAGAAGUUAAGGGAGGCGGGUUACGGAAGGAAAACGUUUCAACUGGAACGAGACUUGGGUGGUAUGGAAUGCUUGAUAAUGCACAGCAUGCUCGACGUCGAUCAGGCACGUGCAAUGAAUCAGCGCGAACUUUGGAAAUUCAUUGCGCGAGAAUUAAUGACCGGUCCCUUGGCAUCGGAAGAUCGCAAAUAUCUUGCGUUUCUUUCCUGUACCAGAUAUCGAGGCGCGCCAAAUCCACGCACUCGCGAAGAUAUUCUCGCGAGGACGCAAGGACACGCCGCGCUCGGUGGAGGUGGAUUAGCGUUAUUCGGUUCGGCAUGUCUUCAUACAUGGCCUACCUGCAUGGCGCAAAUAUUGCCUAGAUUCCUCGACGCUACGGUCAUCGAUACCGAACAAUUGAUGGAUGACAGUAAUUACCGCGGUACGCACGGUGGCUGCUUCGCCACGACUCUUGGCUCGGUUCUCCACGAAUUAGGACACACUUUUGAUCUCGGACAUACUCAUGAAGGCAUAAUGGGCCGCGGAUUCGAUUACGUCGAUCGUGUCUUUGUUGGAGCGGCUGGGAUCGAUUUCAAUCGCAACCCCGUUUUACGAAGAGAUCCUCAACACACAACGAUCGCACUGAGUAGACCGCUCAGCGUGACAGUCACGAUACAAGAACCAUACGCUAUGUUAGGGAGUCCUCGAAGAAAUCGCUUACUUUCCGAAUCGUCCCGUCCUUCGUCUUCUCAAAACCCUUCCCAAUUACUUGGCAGGCUAUCCGCACCCGCUAGUCCUGAAUUAAACAGAUCCUUUUCCAAGAGUCUGAUGCAACCUGCAUCGGAACAAACCUCUUCCAAUUUGCAAACUGAUCGUACAUUUUGGUCACCAUCCUGCGCAGCGUUUCUUGCUUAUCAUCGAUGGUUCAACAACGAAAUGGACAACGUUUUCAACCGACCUUUCCACGACAUCGAGUACGAUGGGAAAAGAAACGUCGUAAGAUCACGCUUCGGAGUACGAGUAAUAGAGCUCAGAAAAACAUCUGGUGGAAUGGUAGUUGGUUCUAAACAGUUUCCAGGCUCUCGACCACCUCUGGAGGCGUUAGUUCCACCAGCUCCAUCUCAUUGUCUUACCGCACUGACUCUCGUCGCUGAAGAUUCGACUGGCAAUGUUCUCAAAUAUCCACUUCCAACGGCGUUUUAAACUUUCCAAGGUUAUUGUCAUUUUGCCACGAUUUUAUAUCUUGAAAGCGGGAAUAUAGCCAAUGUCGAACGAUAAAAAUCGACGCCGUUGAAUCAACGUCCUAUGUUUUUAUAAUCUUCGCAUAGCGAGUAAGCACGAUUAAUAUUAAUAAUAAUGCUUCGUCGCUAAUGCUAAUUCGAACGAAGAUAACUUCAAGCUCAAUAUGUAUUUGCUUACUAAUUAAUUAUUGAUAUUUCCUACGAGCUUGUUUCUCUAAUGCGCUAUAUUUGAAGAGAAAUUUUUCCCAGUUUUAUCGGUUUUUGUGAAAACUGUAACAGUAAAGCUUUCCGUAUUGGACUCGAAAAACCUUAUUGCCCUGUGUACGCUAUUUAUAACAAAAUAAAAUCAUAGAGAGACACAAAGAGAAAGAUAGAUAGAUAGAUAGAUAGAUAGAUAGAUAGAGAAAGAGAGCGUGUGUGCGUGCAUGUGUUUAAACAUGGAAGGAGAAAAUGAGAAUUUCAUACGUCAUACAAUGUUAUUAACUACAUACUUCAUUUCAUUAAAUUCUAACAUAUUUUGUAAAUACUAUAGAGUUUUGUAGCAACUAUUGAUACAUUGUAUUUGAUAAAGAAAUACAUAUAUUGUGCAUUGACAUUUCUAUGUACGAAUGUGUGAACGAAUGUAUACAAUAACACUACAGAAGGAACGAAUGCUAUAAAACCAGAAUCUCUAUUUCUUAUUGCCGAAAAUACGAUAAAAUUGUGAAAUUGCCACGUAUAGGUAUGUAUAGUUUAAUAACUACGAAUUUAGUUUGAUAUAUUUACAAUCAAGAAAUAACAUUAAUAUCCGACAUAUUCUACAAACAUUGGGUUACUUACAUGAUAGUAACUAGGAUGCCUUAUGGACGAUAAUAAUUUGUAGACAUAGCUAAUAUGAAAUUGCGAAACGACUAAUAAACUUGUAAAAAUAAUUUUGAAAAAAAUAA